UCACCAUGUCCAAAGCACGCUGGACACUAUCCCGAAGUACUGGCGAUCGCUUCGCCUCCCGAGAAGCAGCUAUAGUUUCCAGAGCAGACGAAAUGAGAACCACAGACACUGUUCGUCCCUUCGAAAGUGUUAAUGAACGUCUGUGGGAUGCAGGCGACGCAGGCCUUGGAGCAGGACUUCGAGCACCUAAUCGACUACCGUUCGCCCUUCGACUAUCCAUACUGUCUGUAGACGGCCGUGCGUUUCCAUUAGCUCCUUUGGAGGAAGAUAGCAAACUCUCGCGCCGAGGAGGGGGUGUCAGAGGAUUUGGAAGAUGUGUGGGCUUCGCAGGGGGUGUGGGGGGUACGGAGUGUGCAGCGGCCUCUGUCUGGUCGCCAUUGGUAUGUACUUCCCGUUCCUCUGAAGGUGAAACAUAUGCAUGAACCAAAGGGCCAUCCGCAGGAGCAGCUGGUAUUGCAGUUUCAGAGGAGACCUCGUUCGAAUCUUGCUCGUGCGUUUUCGGUAGCGGUAAAUCCACAGACUCUAUUUCAGUGCCAUUGACUGCGCUGUCAUGUAUGGAGUGUAUAUGCAAAGCGGCUUCGUCUGUAACACCAGUGAAAGUACGUCCGUUCAGAGUUGGUGAAGUAGGUAAUGGAACAGAGGCGGCCUGUUCCAGGUCGACAGUGUUCAUGAUGGAUGCGGUGGCGACGAUGGCCGUCGCCUGGUUGUAGUGGUCGCAGUUGACCGUGACGAUGAGCAGUGUCCGGCAUAGUAAGUAAACGCUCGAUCAACGCUCAGCGCUAAAGCGCCAAUUUUGGAUUUUUCGUCUCAAUCUUCUUCAUCGACCCCCAUGGCCUCGAGUAUGGUUCCCUCUGAUGCCUCUGCGGCUGUCCUCAAGCCCUCGGAACCCAUGCCAGAAUAUGCGGUACAUGUGGAAGGCCCUAACUUUGACGACCCCAUUUCGCUACAGCAGUUGCUUGACAGUUACAAACGAAUUGGCUUCCAAGCGAGUAGCUUGGGUAAAGCAAUCGAUAUCGUGAAUAAGAUGAGAAGGUGGAGACUUUCGGACGAGCCUGUUGCAGAAGACGAGUCUGAGGAGUAUUUGUCUCCAGAAAUCAGAUCUCAAACCAAAUGCAACAUUUUUCUUGGAUAUACCUCUAAUCUCAUUAGUUCUGGGCUCCGCGAGGUUAUUCUUCAUUUGGUGAAGCAUAAGCAUGUCCGUGCUAUUGUCACUACUGCUGGAGGCAUCGAAGAAGAUUUCAUCAAAUGUUUGGGCAAGACAUACCUAGCCGAUUUCAAUCUGGACGGCGCCGACCUGCGAAAGCGUGGCAUGAAUCGUAUCGGGAACUUGAUUGUACCAAACGACAAUUACUGCAAAUUUGAAGACUGGCUUAUGCCCAUUCUCGACACUAUGCUUGCAGAGCAAAAGCAGUCUGGUCAGGUCUGGUCACCCAGUUCCUUCAUUCGUCGACUAGGGAAGGAAAUAAAUAACGAAGAAUCUGUGUACUACUGGGCUUACAAAAACGACAUUCCUGUGUUUUGUCCUGCUCUCACCGACGGGUCGCUUGGGGACAUGAUUUACUUCCAUUCCUUCAAGAAUCCAGGACUGGUAGUCGACAUCGUCCAAGAUAUUCGUGCGCUCAACGAACUAUCUCGACAAUCUAAGAAAGCCGGUAUGAUUAUCCUAGGCGGAGGUGUCUGUAAACAUCAAAUUGCCAAUGCGAUGCUCAUUCGCAACGGUGCCGAUUUCUCUGUUUACAUUAACACUGGCCAAGAAUUCGAUGGAUCCGAUUCUGGUGCUCGCCCAGAUGAAGCAGUAUCUUGGGGCAAGAUACGUGCGGGUUCUGAAUCCGUAAAGGUGUUUGCGGAUGCAACCCUUGUUUUCCCGUUGCUGGUUGCAGCUACAUUUGCCCAGGACAGACAACCUUGACCACCGCAGGGGUGGAACCAAUGCCAUUUCGUCAGGCGGCGGCUUCGUCACAUAUGUAUAAUGUUUAAAAAAAUAUAAUGUUUCAUAUACCAUGCAUCAAAACCAAAAGACUAUGUAAAGCUAAGCUACAGGAAAUUGUGUCAUAAUACACUCAUCUAUCUGUUCCAUAUCUCA